GCCUUCGAGGCGGCCACCCAGUUCGUUGGGGCCGCCUCGAAGGCUGGAUCGCUGUCAGAUGACCAGCUGCUGCGGUUCUAUGGGCUGUACAAGCAGGCGACGGCGGGCGCGUGCGACGCCAAGAAGCCCUCCGUCUUCGACCGCCACGGCAGGGCCAAAUGGAGUGCUUGGCAGGCGUGCAGCAUGCUCAGCAGCAGCGAGGCGCAGCAGCAGUAUGUUCAGCUGCUAGCCGAGCUCAGCCCAGCGUGG